AAUCUUUGUCUCGUGCUUUGUAUGAACGGAUCGAAGGUUUGAAUGAUCUUCCACAUGGAUACUCUCUACAUAAACCCAUAAUUUCAAAGUCAAGCGUACCAUUUGAAAGAUCGAAAAUUUUUUUGUCGUCACGCUUUCCCAACGAGAACUUGGUCUCAUCAAGUACAGCCUUAGUAUGGUAUAAAGGAGCGAAUUCUCCAGAAAUCCUUGUUUCUGGGAGAAAACAAGGUGCGAUUAAAUCAAGAAAAACAGGAGAAUACUCACAUAAAACUCGGUAA